AUUGCACAGAGAGAGCUCAAAGUGGUCAAAGUUGAUAUGAUGACUGAUAGCGGAGCUACGGCACUUAUGUUUGCCGCUCAGUUUGGACAACUAAAAAUGGUCAGAUACUUGAUUCAUGAAGGUGCGGAUAUUGAUCAUAUUGAUCAGAAUGGAAGAACACCUCUGAUAUUGGCUUCGAGCAACGGACACACUGAUGUUGUCAAAUGUCUAAUGCAAAAGGGUGCAAACAUUCAUCAUAAAGAUGAUAACCAUAAAAAUGCAAGUUUUUAUGCUACAAAUUAUGGUCAUUUCGACACCGCUAGAUAUAUAGCCAGGAAUUGUAGUGACAUUCUUAAAAAUAAUCCCACCGAAGCGGUUUUGUUUUGUGCUCUAAUUUAUGCCUUAAAGAAGGUCAUUGAACACUUAUUGACGCAAUAUUAGCUAGAAACAUGGGAGAGAGGAUCGAAUGGCAAGAAGGAGAUUCCAAAGAAAUUGACUUGCCAUGAAAUUUUAACAUGCCGAAUUAUUUAUGGAAAGUUAAACGACAAAUAAAUUGAUAGAAUUUGUGAAAAUAAAAAUAAGAAAAUAGAAUCAUUGAAAGUUCAAACCCAACAAAUCAUGUUUGAUUAGAACUAAAUACGUAGCGUGAUGAUUAAUCACUGAUGAAAUGUUUUUGCCAAAAAAAAAACAAUAUUUUUUGGAUUGCGAUCAUCGUAACGAU